AUGUCGAAGCGAGGUGAGUCAUGCUCGGCCUUUCUCGAACUCCGAAGCAUGCCUCGCAAUCCUCACCGGCCUCACCAACGGGGCCCACCGUCGCGGUCCCAACGAUUCGCCCCAAUUCGCCAUCGAGCUCAGGGCCUCCAAGUUCAUCCAGGCUGAUUCUUGUCUUUCGUACUACUUGCUCCUCAUCCCAGGUGCUGUCAAGGUGUACAAAGUGUCCCUGACCCCGAAUCCUUCACGCAACGCUUCAAAGUCCUCGCUCACAGGUGACGCGGCCGUCUCCGCUCGAAGAGCCGACAAGCCACUCGUUGCCUCGGUAGGAUCCGCCAUUUCGAGAUCCAGUAUAUCACCUGGUAUGUUUUGUAUGCGGAUGUAGUUCUAUUGAUUUGUGGAACUCACUUCAUACCAUUUCAUUCCCAGCCCGUCGAGCCCCCGUCGCCGCCAAGCGCUUUGAGUCCGAUUCCGACUCGGAGGCUGCUUCCGACGGCGUUUCCGAGCCCGUUUCCGACGCCGCUUCCGACGCCGCAUUCCACAGCUCCGACGUCGACAUAUCCGAAUCCAAGCUCGACGACUGCGCCAUCGAAAACGGGUUACCCGAUCGGCCUUCCCGACACAUCCUCGUUGAUCAGCAUAUCCUCGUCGAACGAGAAGUCGAACGUGAGCAUACCGCCGCGACCCCUGACCGAACUCGGAUCGCUCGCAAUCAGUCCGCCCAGAGCUUCGUGCCUCCCGUCACGAGCGUUCGCGUCGACCUUUCCAAUUGGGCCACGGGGGGUCAACUCCCGGUUCAAGUGGAGGAUAAGGAGAAGAGCUUGGGUCGACUUCCCCCCAUUUCUAUGAACGUUUCGCCGCUCGUCGUUGGGGAGGGAGAUCCUUCAGCACUACGGGGGGGAAUGACUAGUAGUUCACCGAUGGACACGCACAAUGCCAAGAAGGGAAUCGAAUCCAGGAUUCAGGGAACGAUGUAUGAGGUGAGCAAGGAUCCAAGAUCAACGCGGCAAUGCUGUAUGGAUCCGACUGCUUACAUCUUGCUGGGUACCGCUCCGCUAGAUCUUCGAGCGCACAAUGAGCAAUCCGCCGUCCAGACGCAAGUUCCGUGAAUGGUUGAGCAACACACGUGAGUGGCUUGACCCCGUCCUCGACUCCUCGCUCUGACAUAAUCUAUCACCUGUCAAUUGCUCCCAGACCGCGAUGUUGCUGUUUUCGACCUGUGGAAGGAUCUCAACGCCUUCCGCGCGCUUUCACGAAACGUCACGCUUUGCGCGGCAGCGCUUCACGAGCUUGGCGACUCGGUCAAUCGAGGAGCGCUCCCUUCCAAGCUGAGGGCGCAGCUUGACGAAGGAUUACAAGAUGCGAUGGGAUUCGAGGGGAAGCUGGUCGACCCACAAGCACAUUUACUUGAUGUGGGUUAGUUAUGGUUUUAUUCUUCAAUUGUCUGCUGAUGAAAGAGUUUUCCCCCUUCGUACAGGCGAUUUACAAGAACGACUUCCAGGAUUACAUCCGUCAGCUGACCGUGGUCGAGUGCCAAGGUAGGCCUUAUUCUCCUUUUGGACCUCAAAUUAAGCUGCUGAUGUGUAGAUCUUGAUUGGCUGCUGUCUCAGCGAUGCUCGAGAAGGCUUCGUCGAUCCACGACCAACACGCCGCGGCGUUCUACUUGACCAAUCCUCGAGAGAGCGAUCAUCCGAUCGAGCUCGUCUCACCGGGGUUCGAGGACUUGACUGGCCGUAAGUCAUGCAUAAUUCAGGAACACUACAGUCAAACAGAUAGUUAAUAUCCGGUAUCUUGCGCACCGUCAGACGAAGCAAAGCAAAUCAUCGGGCGGAACUCUCGCUUCCUGUCAGGUCCGCAGCCGUUCGAUGCGACGACCACGACGAUGCGUGAGGCGAUAUCCGCAGGUCAACCAUGUGAGUCACCAUCUUUUUGUGUUCUGUUUCUCUCGUAAAGGCUACGCUAACAUCAGUGCACGCUCUCCUCGGGUAGUUGACACGAUCAUCCUUAACUACCGAAGCUCGGGCGAGCCGUUCUACACCCUGCUCUCUGUCACUCCCAUCCGCGACUCGAACAAUACCCUAUGCUGUGAGUGAUUCGUCGUUGAGGAUCUUGAGGACGGCUUAAGUUGUUUAAGUCCUGACGCUCGCUUUUUGUGCGAUUUACAGAUUUCCUCGGCUCCCAAACGGACGUCACCGAUCUACUCGAGGAACGUUUGCGCAAACUCGUCGGGAUGCAGAAAGCCAAGAAAGGCGACGGUGUUAGCCCGGGCGGGAUCGUCGACGAAUUCUCACCUUCGUUCAAGUUCUUCGCCUCUGCUGUGGGUAUGACCCUUCACGAGAAUUAUGAUCAAGCGAAUCAAGAUGAUUUGCUGGGGAAGGAGAUGCCGAUCGUUCAGGAGGUGGCGGGGUUCCAGCAAGUGUUGCAGGAUCAUUCGACGACCUCCGUCGUUCCCUCAUUCGCCGACGGUGCGACUACGAAGGAGGUCGCUUCCUUAGAUGCGGGGAGGAAGAAGCAGCCGAAUGGGAAAUCAUCGUCUGGUUCGGGAGCGAUCAAGAAGUUCUGGGAUAAGAUCAACCAUCAUCCGAGUCCGACGAACACGGCCAGUGCGACCGGUGCUCAGCAGAGUGAAUCGAGUUUGAAUGAGGCUGCGCGUUUCGCUCCAGCAAGUUCUUCAGAUCAACUCUUCCGAGCUCUUGGAUUAACUACUGAUUGAGCCGUUUAUCCCCGUUUCUCCUUACAGUGCGGUACACCCCUGCGUGCCACGAUCUCGGAGGAGCCGCACGCGCUCUACUCUCGACUACUCGUCUUCGUCGUACCUUCCCGCCAAAUGUACGCCCGCCAGAUGAUAUCUCAAUUUCCAAAGAUAUCGCCAUACUAACGUACAGUUUCCUCACUCGUUCCAGCGUCUACCUCUCCCCCUCUACGGUCGAAUUCCUCGGCAAUAAUAUAUCCUCCACCUCCAAUCCUCAUCAAUCGAACCUACUCCAAACCGACGUCCUAUCCCUCAUCACGAGCGCACCGGGCCCACCCUCUCCACCCGCUUCAUCAGUGGGGGAGACGACUAGCAGUUCUUACCACAGCGGUAGCUUCUCGAGCACGCUCUCGGCCGGUGAGCGCGUGAGGGAAAAGUUUUUGGACGCGGUCGUUGAAGGGAAGGAGAUGGUCCUGGAAGUCGGGGUCAAAGUUAAGGCUCGCAAGACCAGGUUAGAGUACGUCGGUUUGGCUUGUGGCAUCGAAUGGAGCGUCGUUCAUGGUGGACUGAUUACGAGUGUUUCUUUGGGCAUCCCACAGUUACCCCAUGGCUAGCAUUGACCAAACGAGUGGUGACAAGAUCGCCAAGGUCAAGGUCAGGUUGAGUCCCUUGAAGCGAGGUGAUUCGAAAGUUGAGGCGUUCGUGCUUGUGUGA